UCUCGCGAAGAUAGAUUACACGUCAGUUGAAUUCAUGCUUCCGAAGAGAAUGCAAGACGAGAAGAUGGAAGGGCCACCUUUGGACAAUGUUGAAGACGGCGGCCUUCCUCUGCCCACGGAGCACCCACGUAAGGAAACAACGGAAUCAGUACCACCGAAGGGCACCGGAACCAUUCCACAGCAGACGCGGACCAGAUUUUACCCAGUAUGCUUUUCCACCGAUCCGUCUCCACCAGCGCAGUCCUUCGUAAAGAGCGACGCUUUCCAAUCGACACACGAGGAGUCUACCAUCACUCGGAAGUCUGCCCUUCUUCAUUCGAGCGGCGGAACUUCCCCCAUGCCCUUGGAAGUCUACGAUACCAAAGAUGAAAUCGGACGGGCCGACCUCUACGGCCACGGCUAUUUCCAACGCAUAAUUCUUUUCUGCUUCAUCGUCUCCGUGAUCGUGCUUCACUGUCACACCCUCGCGUUCACCAUCAUCGCCCGUAGGGUGGAGCACUGGUGCAAGCGACCCGAACGCUUCGACCACCUCACAGUUGCUCAGUGGAAAAACGUCGGCAUACCGCUAGAAGCCGAUGGAAGCUACAGCCGUUGCCGAAUCUACAACGAUCCCCUGAGCGCGAACCGAACUCCAGUAUCGUGCACGGCGUGGGAGUACGAAAGGACAUCCAUUGUUAGCACUUGGGACCUCGUCUGCAGCAGGGAAUGGCUUGUAUCGUACGCGUGGGUUAUCUACAUGUUGGGGGCGGCGACCGCUUUGCCCGCCGUGGGAACAGCGGCCGAUCAAAUAGGCCGAUACCCCGUCGUGUGCCUCGCCGUCGGUUUCCUCCUUGUCAGCGGUUUCGCCACGUACUUCGCCACAAACUUCCACUUCUUCGUGUGCAUACGUGGCGUUGUGUCGGGGGGCGUCAGUACCAUCUUCGUCAACAUCUUCAUCCUGCUGUUUGAGGUGACGGCCCACGAAUAUCGCACUUUCUACGUUACUACGGGCGCAUCUUUCGGAUUCGUCAUCUCCGGUAUCAUAUUGAACACCAUCGGUCAAUUGCGCCUGCAUUGGACAACUGUGCAGCUUGUUUUGAUGCUCAUCUCUUCUCCGCUCACCUGUACGUUCUACUUCAUCGAAGAAUCCCCUCGGUGGCUUCUCACCGCGAGGAAGACGAAACGAGCCGAGAAAGCCCUUCUCUGGGCAACGAAGCUGAAUGGCGAACCGUUGGAACGUGCAAUGGAAAAGUACCGGAUGCUCAACGAAAGCUUAUCGAAGCGAAACGACUUCCGUACACCGCCGAAAGCGACACCGGCGGUGCUCUUUAGAAGCACCGUUCUACGAUGGCGUUGCGGGAUGUUGUACCUUUGCUGGUUCGUCGUCAUGUUCUCUUAUUACGGGAUACUGGAGACUGACGUCGACGAGUUGAACUACUGGGCGACCAUCGUUAACAUCGUAAGCCCGGCCCCGUUGGUUGCAGCCGCUUACUUCGCCAUGAACAGAGUCGGCCGCAAAAUAGUCUUCGUAAUGGCCGUCGGCCUCCUGGGACUCUCAAGCAUUGCCUUAAUUAUAUUGAGCGCCGGAACGUUCCUUAGCAACAUUUUCUUCGUUGUCGCCCACGGUGCGACGACGGUGGCGGUGGCGGUGAUCAUUCUUUACACGGCGGAGCUUUUCCCCACUGUGGUCCGAAGCAUCGGCAUGUGCUGCGCGUACUCUUGCGGCCGGCUCGGAGCGGCUACCGCUAUCAUAUCUUCGCCCAACAUAAUUUCUCCCAACAUAACGAUGGCCCUCAUUGGGAUCUCGGUUGUGAUCGGCGAGUUUGCCCUGUCCAGACUUCCAGAAACUCUUUCGAGGCCGCUGGCAAACACCGUGAAAGAGAUCGAAAGAGGCGAUUUCAAGAAACAUUUGCAGGACACUCUCCCUUCUGCCGCGUGCGGAGCGACGGAGAGGAGGCGAGCGUCGUCGGUUUCGUCUAAGAUUCGAAGACCGUCGCAGGUCUCGGUCGUUGCUCCGAGAGAGUACAGGUCGAGGAGGGAAUCGGAUGCGUCUAUUAUAUGUUCCAGAGUAUCCUACAUGGCUCCGAGAGAAUAUUCUACGCGAAAGGCGUCUCAAGUUUCCAUGCAGUCCUUGUCGAGCGGAAGGCCAGCGCGGUCUUCGAGUAGUGACGGAAGGUUGAGAAGGUUGUCGUCGGUGUCUUCGAGACAGUCAUUCCAAAUUGAGUCUCCUAGGGACUAGAAUAGUAAAUAUAUUGUAAUUUAUGUGUCACGUCAGAACACAACAUAAAACAUGCGAACAAUAAAUUUCAACGACAAUUUUCAUUGUGGUAAUAGCCAAAUACGUAGACUGACUUCAAUGUUUCCAUAUUACCUUGUUGCUGAUGCAAGGCCAUGUUUAGCAAUGUUGUAUGCCCCCUAGUGAUACCUAGUCUUACCAUGUAUACUAA